UUUCAGUAUUACUAAAGAACCACUGCUUGGGAUGGCCUUCACCAACACUACCAUGCAGAUAUUAGCCAUGUGAAAGAUCUGGAAAAACAAAAUGGGGAUGGCUGAGAGGUCGUGUGUGGCGGUGAGCAGCUGAGGUCGGCUGUGAUCUGGGUCUUCUCUUCUGACUGAGAGCAUGUACAGGAGGAAUGGACUCCCUGCCAGCGUCAGCAUCACCUCACGCCACACACAGGACAGCAGUAGUUCAGAGUCCCUGGAUGGACGGAGUUUGGACUCUGCCAAGAGCUUUGACGCGGUGGUGUUUGACAUGCUCAAAGUGACACCCGAGGAGUUUGCUAGUCAGAUCACUUUGAUGGACGCUCCUGUAUUCAAAGCGAUACAGCCUGAGGAGCUGGCAAGCUGUGGAUGGAACAAGAAGGAGAAGCAUAGCCUGUCACCCAAUGUUGUGGCCUUCACACGGAGAUUUAACCAGGUCAGUUUCUGGGCAGUGAGGGAGAUAUUGACGGCUCAAACAUUGAAAAUCCGAGCAGAAAUAUUGGGCCACUUCAUCAAAAUUGCCAAGAAACUCCUGGAGCUGAAUAACCUCCACUCUCUGGUGUCGGUGGUCUCUGCUCUUCAAAGCGCUCCUAUCUUCAGAUUGAGCAAGACCUGGGCA